UUGAGGAAAUAUUUCCUUCGUUCUUUCUUUCUUUUCAUUGUACUCCCUUUGAUUCAUCUUUCAUUCUUUCUUUCUUGCUCUCCCUUCGAUUCAUCCUUUUCUAUGUUUCUUUCUUUCUUACUUUUCAUCUGUUCUCCCUUCAAUUCAUCUUUUUCUUUCUUUCUUUCUUUCUUUCUUUCUUUCUUUUCUUUCUUUCCGUUUGUCUAUCUGUCUUUCUUUCUUUCUUUUCAUCGUACUCCAUUCAAGUCAUCUGUCGUUCAUUUUAUUGUACUCACUUCGAUUCAUCUUUCUUUCUUUCUUUCUUUCUUUCAUUCUUUCUUUCUUUCUUUCCGUUUGUCUAUCUGUCUUUCUUUCUUUCUUUUCAUCGUACUCCAUUCAAGUCAUCUGUCGUUCAUUUUAUUGUACUCACUUCGAUUCAUCUUUCAUUCUUUCUUUCUUUCUUUCUUUCUGUUUGUCUAUCUGUCUUUCUUUCUUUCUUUUCAUCGUACUCCAUUCAAGUCAUCUGUCGUUCAUUUUAUAGUACUCCCUACGAUUCAUCUUUCAUUCUUUCUUUCAUUCUUUCUUUCUUUCUUUCUUUUUUCUUUUCAUCACAUUCCAUUUAAUUCAUCUUUCAUUUUUUUCUUUCUUUUCAUCAUACUCCAUUCGAUUCAUCUUUUUUCUUUUCAUCAUACUACUUUCGAUCGUGCUUUCAUUCUUUCUUUCUUUCUUUCUUUUCAUCAUACUCCCUUCGAUUCAUCUUUCAUUUUCAAUCUUUCUUUUUCUUUCUUUUCGACGUACGCUCUUCGAUUGAUUUUCUUUCUUUCACUCGUUCUUUUCUUUUUUUCAUGCUUCUUUUAUUUAGCCGUUCUUUUAGAUUCUCUUUUUCUAUUUUCAUUCUUUUCUUUCCUCUAUCUUCCUUUUCUUUUUCUUUUUUUUUACUUUCUUGCUUGCUUUUUUUACAUAUCCGCGUUGAGGGAAUUCUUCCUACGUCUUUCUUUCUUUCUUUCUUUCUUUCUUUCUUUCUUUCUUUCUUUCUCCCCUACUGGGUUCUUAUACUCUUUUCUCUUUUUUUCUUUCUUUCUUUUCAAAUUCUUCCUACUUCUUUCUUUCUUUCUUUCUUUCUUUCUUUCUUUCUUCCCUACUGAUUUCUUUCUUUCUUUUUUCUUUCUUUCUUACCUUUUCAUUCUUUUUUCCUUUCUUACUUUUUCUUCUUAUCCUCCUUUUUCUUUCUUUCUUUCUUUCUUUCUUUCUCCCUACUAUGUUCUUAUAUUUUUUCUCUUUUUUUCUUUCUUUCUUUCCAAAUUUUUCUUUCUUUUAUCUUUCUUACUAUUUAUUCCCUUUCUAUACUCGUUCUCUUUUUUUUCCUUUCUUUCUUUCAUUUUCGUUUACUUUCUGUGUCCCUUUUUUUCGUCAGUUCUUUCUUUUUUAUUUCUUUACUUCUUUCUUUUUUUUUCGAUAUUCCUUUCUUUCUUUUUUUUUCUUUCUUUCUUGCGAAGCUUCUUCGUCUCUCUUUAUCUAUCUAACGUAACACCUCUCUCUCUCUCUCUCUCUCUCUCUCUCUCUAUCUCUCCCUCUCUCUAUCUAUCUGUCUAUCUAUCUAAGAUACCAGGAAGUGUCGUUCCUUCCGUGUUUCACUUUUUUAUUUCUAUCUUUCCAUUACUCUUUCUCUCUUUUAUUUCUACCUUCUUUCCUUUUUUUUUCUUUCUUUCAUUUAUUUCCAUUUUCCAUCCUUACUUUCUUUCUCUCUUCUAUUUCCACCUUUCUUUCAGUCUUUUCUUAUCUUAUAUUUCCAUCCGCAUGGCUUUUCUGUCUUUUAUUUUCAUUGUCUCUUCUUUUCCCCGCUCUCCUUUCUAUUUUCAUCUUUCCUUUCCCCUUCCUCUCAUCUAUUCCCAUCUCUCCUUCAGUUUCCAUCUUUCUUUCUUCCCUCUUUCUCUCUUCGAUUUAAACCAUCUUUCCUUUCCGUCUAUCUCUCUUUUAUUUUCAUCGUCUUUCCAUCCAAUUUUUCUCUCUUUUACUUUCAGCUUUUGCCUUUCCGUCUUUCUCUAUUUAAUCUAUAUCUUCUUUUCUCCUUUCUUUCUCUAUUUUAUUUCUAUCUUUCUUUUUUUUCCGUUUGUCUCUCUUCCAUUUACACCUUCUUCCCUUCCAUCUUUCUCUCUUUUUAAUACCAACUGUUUUUUGUCUUUGUCUCUUUUACAUCCAUCUAAUUCCUUCCUUCUUUCUCUCUUUGAUUUCGAUCUUUUCUUCCGUCUCUCUUUUUUUUUAUUUCAACCAACUUUCCUUCUGUUUUUCUCUCUUUUCCUGUCUGUUACUGCCAAUCUAUAUAUGCAUCUUACGUUCUCUUUCUCUUUCGCGCCCUUCCCCCCUUUCUCUCUCUCUCUCUCUCUCUCUCUCUCUCUCUCUUUCUCUUUCGCGCCCCUUCUCUUUCUCUCUCUCUCAGGGCCUCUCUCUCUCUUACUCUCCAUCAGUUUUCCUCCUCUUUCUGUCUCUCUUCUUUUCUGUUUCCAUCUUACGAUAUCAUCCUUCUUUGUAUUGCGUGGUCUUUCCUUGUGUCACCGUUCCCCCACACACUUUUCAUUUUUUUACCCACAGCGAGUCUUUUUUGAACUCUCACCUCGACUUUCGCCUUUGUCCACAUCCUUUUCUCCGAAUUUCAGACGAGAACACACGCUUGCUAUGCAAGAGUUGAUCGGCUUUACCAUAUUAAAGCUUCUCUAG